ACCGCGUUUCUCAGUCAUACAUUUAUAUCUUGAAUUCUCGUUAGAAAUCCACUUACAAAUAAAGGGAGCUUCUCCUAAUAGGAACCAUCAUUCAGACGAUUAUUCUCCAGAGAAAAGAAGAAGAAGAAGAAAAAAAAUGCAAAACCCAAACAUAAUCCUCUACGCCCCUCACACCGCGAAACUAGAAGAUAAACCUAUCCCUACCCUUUCUUCACCUCACGACGUCGUCAUACGGAUAAACUACAUUGGCGUCUGCGGCAGUGAUGUAUGUCCUCCCCCUCUCCCCUUCCACCAAAAACACUCCCCCUCUAACACGCAACUUCAAGGUCCACUUCUGGCACCACGCCUCCCUCGGAAACCCCAUAAACCCCUCUACAGGUAUAACAAUGGGCCACGAAGCCUCGGGCACAAUCCACGCCGUCGGGUCUAGCGUAACCCGCGUCUCGCCGGGUGACCGCGUCGCCCUCGAACCCGGCUCCCCGUGCCGCCUCUGCUUGGCCUGUAAAUCCGGAUCGUACAAUUUAUGCCGGAAGAUGCGGUUCGCUGCUUCACCAGGAAGCCCGGAUACGCAGGGGACGCUGUGCAAGUUCUACGUCUUGCCUGAGGAUUUGGUGUAUAGGAUUCCCGAGGGGUUGGGACUGGAUGAGGCGGUGCUUGUGGAACCGUUGGCGGUGGGGGUGCAUAGUGUUAAGCUUGGUGAUGUGAGGGCUGGGGAGACGGUGGUGGUGAUGGGGGGUGGAACGGUGGGGUUGUUGUGUGCGGCUGUUGCGGGGCGGUUUGGGGCGAUGCGGGUUAUUGUUGUGGAUGUUUUAGAGGGCAAGUUGGAGUUUGCGAGGGGGUACUUGGGAUGUGAGACUUUUCUUGCGAGGGGGGAGGAGAGCGCGGAGGAGAGUGCGGAGAGGUUGUUAAGGACGUUUGGGUUGGGGGUUGAGAGCGUGGAUACUGUUAUUGAGGCUUCGGGGGCGGCGAAGAGUAUUGAGACAGGGAUUCUGGUGCUGAGGCCUGGGGGGAAGUUUGUGCAGACGGGGUUGGGGAAGGCGAAGGUGGAGUUUCCGAUUGUGGCGAUGUCGCAGAAAGAGCUUAUGGUUAGGGGGUGUUUUCGGUAUGGGCCUGGUGACUAUGACUUGGCGAUUCAGAUGUUGGAUAAGGGGCUGGUUGAUGUAAAGCCGCUUAUUAGUUCGGUGACUCCGUUUGAGCAGGCGACGGAAGCGUGGGAGAAGACGUCGAGGGGUGAGGGGAUCAAGAAUCUCAUCCAAGGUGUGGUUUAGCUGUUUGUGGGCCACUUGGAAUAUAUCGUAUGGGCCUGGGCACUACACGAGACCUCUCAUCUAGUCAUCAUAUCUCCUCUUUCUCUUCUUUCCCGCAUUGAUCUUCACCUCUCGCUCAUCGCCGUCCUCUUUUGUAAUUCCUGGCAGCGGAAAAACAAACGUUUCCAUCUUCUCGCCAUGAACAGCCCAAAUACCAUUGACCCAGCCCAAAUUUCUCAGGCAGCAAUUUCGUUGGGCCCGGUCUUUUGUAACGCCAAUAUCAUCGCAUAUGUCAACGGCUAGGCUCACAAGCCGUUCUUUAUCGUAAUCAUGCAGACCGUUGUCAAAGCUUGCAAAAACCUUUACUGGUCUGGUUUGAGGAACACAAAUAGCUGAUUGACUGCUUUCCACAUACUCCCCAGGCUGGAUGAAGAGAGCGACCGGCUCGGCACCCUGAGGCGCGGACGCAAGUCGUGCAAGGCGAAGCUCCG